UUAAGCUUAAGCACUCAUAUCACGUAGCAAUGCAUUUAUAUAGUAUUUUGUGAUUUUUUGUUUACUACUGCUGUGAAACUUCCACUUGUUUAUUUAUUAGUUGCCAAUGUUUUAUUUUUCAAUGCGUUGUGAAUAUAUUCAUACAAAAAAAUAAUGAUUUGUCGAUUGUGUCUAAAAGAUAUUACCGAGGUAAUAAACAUUUUCGACGAAAUAGGCACUGAAUUAAAUGUGGCCGCUGUGCUGGCUAAACACUUUUGGUUCGAGCCAAGAAGCGACGACCCCAUAUCAACAGCAAUAUGCAAUUCCUGUUGGAUUAGCGUAUCCAACUUCAAUGAGUUUUACUUAGGUGUGGAAGAGGCUCAUCGUCUACUAACCGAACGAUUUUUAUUGAAGAGUGAUGUUGCACCAAGGGGCCGUAAGCAACAUAGUUAUUCGGUUAGUGACGAGAAGGUAGUCGAUGAAUGGUUACAAACAAGCUUAUCAACCACACUAUCCAAAACUGAGAGUGGUGGAGAAAAAGAGAAAAUAGUAGACGAUUCAUUCGAAACCCCUAACCAAAAUAAGUCGACUACCGAUGAGGAAAACCACGAGGAACCGAAGUUGCUUAAGAACGAACUGUUAUGGAACGAUGAUGAACGCUCUAUUUACAGUGAAUCUUUUAUAGAAGAUGUGAUGGGUCUUGUUGAAGAAAGCGAAGAUGCACUUGCUUUGCCACCUGAAAAAAAGCUGCGGGUCACUCGCUCGAAUACAAAAAAGAACUCGGAGCACAACAAAAGCAGUUCAAAUAUUGAUGCACCAAUAAAUCCCGAUGAGGAGAAAAAAGCAGAAACUGAAAAUUCUAUAGGAAAUAAGAAACGACGCGGACGGCCACCGAAACUUAGAUCUGAAACCACUGACGAUGAGUCGCCGAAAAAAGAAAAGUCAAAAUCAAAGAAGAAUUCAAACGAAGGAGAUGAUUCCCAACAAGAAAGUUACGAGGAACGAAUGCGACAAAUCGAUGAAAAAAUUGCGCAAUGCAUUCGCUUAAUUUGUGACAUCUGUGCAUCCGAGCAGCCGACCUUUUCCCAAUUGCGCAAGCAUAUGGAAAAAAUGCACCAGUGUAAAGGAUAUGCAACUUGUUGCAAUAAAAAGUUCAACAAACGCGCACUGCUGGUGGGGCAUAUUGAAAAACAUAUAAAUCCGGAUUGUUACAGAUGUGAGUCGUGUGACAAAACAUUUGCGGACAAACAAUGCAUGCGGAAUCAUUUCUUGAUCAAACACCAGCCUGAAGAAGAAAAGCAAUACCAAUGUGAGCAUUGCCCCAAGCGAUUUGCGCGCCCCUAUAUCCUCGAACAACACCGCCUUAUUCAUGAAGAACGUAAACACAUCUGUGAAGUCUGCAAUAGGGGGUUUGCCUCAUACAACUGGCUCGGCACACAUAUGAAGACAAUGCACUCGGGCUAUGGGGCCACUAUGUGUGAUGUUUGUGCGAAGGUUAUACGAGGCCGCACAGCCUUUGCGCGCCACCAAUUAGAACACUCCGGCAUUGUAUUGCCAAAGGUCCAAUGCGAUAAAUGCGGGUCCUGGCAUAAAGAUAAGUACAGUUUGCAAAAACAUAAACGACGUCAUAACGAUGACGGAACAGUGCACGUUUGUAGUAUUUGUGGUAAGGUGGCACCAAAUCGUAGUGCUCUCCUCAGCCAUCAGCGGUAUGUACAUAAAUCUGCGCGCGCAUUCGAGUGCAGUGUUUGCAAGAAGGCUUUUAAGAAAGCCAUCACUUUGAAGGAACAUAUGACCAUGCACACUGGCGAGGUUUUGUACAGUUGUCCGCACUGCCCAAAAACUUUUAAUUCCAAUGCGAAUAUGCAUUCGCAUCGCAAAAAAAUGCACCCAAAAGAGUUUGAAGAGACGCGCAAACAGCGACGCGAAAACGCCGCCAAACCUGUUAUUCCUGCUGAUGGGAAAGAGGAUGCAACAGACUCUAAAACGGAAGAAAAGCAAUACAAAUCAAAUUUAGAUAACAGCAGUGAUGAUUCCUUGCCGCAAGUGAUUCUUAUUAAAUCAGACGAUGGACGCGAAACACACAAUAUAUUGGUGACAACUGAGGAGGGUUUCAGUGACAACGACGAGGAUGGGAAUACUAAUGAAAACAGUAUAGUUUUUACCAUUAAUUAAAAUAUAUUAUUAGCGU